AUGUCCACGCUGACAGCGCUGAGCAGCGCCGUCCUGCUCCUGCUGCACGUGUGCCAGUCAUCUUCAGAGCCGGCCGAACCCGCUGGGCACUGCCCCUCCUGUGCCCUGGCGGGCGUACAUGGGAACCAGGGCGCCCAGGAAGAGGAUGCGGCCCAGCAGGAGGUGGUGGAGGCAGUCAAGCGCCACAUCCUCAACAUGCUGCACCUACACGUCAGGCCCAACAUCACCCGGCCCGUGCCCCGCGCCGCGCUCCUCAACGCUUUGCGCAAGCUGCACGUGGGUCGGGUGGCCGACGACGGCAGCGUGCACAUUGAGGGGGAAUCUGAAGGGAGGGGCCGGGGGGGAGGCGGCGGCGGAGGGAGAGGAGGGGUCGCGACCCCGCCGGCCGCCGUCGGCCGAACCCACGACGACGACGAUGAGCAAGACGCCACCGAGAUCAUCACCUUCGCCGAGCCCGGUGAGGCCCGGGACACGGUGACCUUUGUCCUGUCCAAAGACGACGGAAGUGGCGAAGUGUCUCUGGUGGAGCAGGCCAAUGUGUGGCUUUUCCUACGAUUGGCAAAGAACAACCGCAGCCACGCCAAGGUGGCCGUCCGCCUGUUCCAGCGGGGUGCGCCCUCGUCUUCGCCACAGGAUGACGUCUUGCUGGCAGAGAAGACGGUGGACACCCGCCGCAGCGGCUGGCACACCUUCCCAGUUUCGGCGGCGGUCCAGGCGCUUCUGGAAGGCGGUGGUGGCGCGGCGCUCCGCGUCAGGGUGUCUUGCCCGCUCUGCGCCGAGGUGGGCGCCACGCCCGUGCUGCUGUCCGGCAGCGGAGGCGGGUCACAGCAGCGCGCCAACCGGAAGGAGCCGUCCCAACGGGAGCAGUCGCACCGGCCUUUCCUAAUGGCGGCCGUGAGGCCGGAGGACUCGGGCGACUCUCGGCGCCGGCGCAAGCGAGGCCUGGAGUGUGACGGCAAAGUGCGGGUCUGCUGCAAGCGCCACUUCUAUGUCAACUUCAAAGACAUCGGCUGGAACGACUGGAUCAUCGCGCCGGGCGGCUACCAUGCCAACUACUGCGAGGGCGAGUGCCCGCUGCACGUGGCCAGCAUCACCGGCUCGGCACUCUCCUUCCAUUCCAACGUCAUCAGCCAUUACCGCAUGCGGGGCUACAGUCCCUUCCAGAACCUGCGCUCCUGCUGCGUGCCUACGCGGCUGCGGGCCAUGUCCAUGCUCUACUACAACGAGGAGCACAAGAUCAUCAAGAAGGACAUCCACAACAUGAUCGUGGACGAGUGCGGAUGCUCUUAGACGUUCACCGGGACAGCAGACGCGUCAGGCAUCGGGUCGGGUGAAGAGGGGUGGUCACGUCCGUCCUCCGGGCACUUUCAGACAAUAAGGAAAAAAAAGAGAUGAAUAUUAAUAUAUUUUUGUUAAGAACGAAGUGGACGUGGCCUAUUCGUGUGGCUGAGAACAUGAUGGUGGCGGCGGGGCUGACAUGCCACAAACUAUGCAACUUGUUUUCGAUACGUUCCACACUCACCUGCCAUCGGGCAAAAUCUGCCAAGAACAGUAAAUAAAAAAAAAAAAAAAAAUUGAAAUUGACCCCUCCCACAUCUCCACAUUUAAAAUUAUAUUCACAUUUCAUAAUGCAAAAAAAAAAAAGAUGGCGCUCUUGCUUGCAGCAACCGAGAGGCCAAAGGGUGCUUGCUUCAAGGUGUUUCCGUGCCAGUUCCACUAAAGGAUAGCGGCAAAAGUGAGUUCCACAAUGUAUUGUAACACCAAAAUGUUCAACCAAACCAGCUAAGAAUGAAUGUCCGCUUGUGUAAUAGCACAACUAAACAACACAAAAGGCUAUAGACGGGCUAACUGUAGCUCCAGCGCCGUGCUGGGCACCUUUUGGAAAAAUGUGACACUACACUUGGGUUCAGACUCACCCAUCCCAAAAAAAGUGCAACCUAGCGGACGCAAACAUUGAACGGCGAUAAUUUGGGGUUUCACUCUGAGCAACUUCCACUUUUUCCUUUUGUUUGCUGAAACGCACCUGGAUGAAAGAUGGACACUCUCGCGAGUGUGUGUGUGUGUGUGUGCGUGGUGUGUGCGUGCGUGCGUGUGUGUUGAGAUUACUUGAAUGAAACAAGUUGGCUUGGCUGCUGAAACCAAACCCUUCUAUGUUACCAUGGUUACCAUGUUUGACAUUUACUGUCACGGAAUAUAUGAAUUAUAUUAUUGUUUAUGUUAAUAAUAAUAAUAAUGAUGCGUGGUAUUUGCGAAAUGUUUUUGCACUAUAGCGAGACUCCAGGUCACAGGUUUGAUGCCCACCGUCCAACACACAAAACUUCUGCUGACAUCACUGGUGACAAGAUUAGCGUAGCAACGAGCUAACCACCUGCUAGCUGUGCGUGAAACUAUCUGAUUUGGUCAAAUGUUCACCAGCUUGACUUUCCUUUCACUUUUAGCUCUUUUCAGACACCAAAGAGGCCCGUGUGUGUGUGUGUGCGUGUGUGUGUGCGUGUGUGUGUGCGUGUGCGCGUAUAUGUGUGUGUGCGAAUACGCUGGAACGUUAGCUCAAGUUUUCUAAAAUGUACAUUUGCGUCCCCAAAAGACUGAGCAGUGUUGAGCAGUUUCUACUCAGAAAUUUCCCACAAUGCUUUUCUCCUCCAAGUCAACGUGUUUUACAGGGAGGAAGGAAAUGUUGCCAUUUUCCAGACUUUCACCAAAAACCUCUUUUUGUUCUGCGCUACUCUCGGACGCUUCCCAACGGCCCCAGCCACACGAAAAGAAACCAGAAAUAAAAAAUUAUAAUACAGAGGAAAAACUGGUGUUGUUGACACUGAACAUGAAAGACGAGGAAUAAAAAAAAAAAAGCCUAUUUUUUAUUCUGUAAAUAUGGAAAUUGUGGCUUUGAUGUACAAAUGUGCUCGUGACAUUUUCUGAUCUAAUUUAUUGGACUUUUCUGCUUCCCAUUAAAGUUUCAAACAACAAA